UUUCUAUAGCUGUCUACAUGAGGGUUUAUAUUGUAGCCAUUGUUGUCAUCUGGAGUCACAUGUAAACAUCAAUCAGUCUUCAAGUAGACCGGGCGGCUUCAGUUGCAAACGUUGGAGUACAGUGGUUACGUUACAGUCAGGAGUUUUCAGCUCUGAUUUCUGCCAUGUGUUAGCGUAUUCGUGUGUACAACGUUUUCAUUCAUAGUUUGUUUUUCAACAUAAUACCACUGACAAUGUUUCGGAGUUUCCGUCGCAAGCGUAAAGCCCGUUAUCUGGAUGAACAAGAAAAAGCAAGUGCACAGAUCUACACGGAUUGGGCCAACCAUUACUUGGAGAGAGCCGGAUUUAAAAAGCUUAUAGGAGAUCUGCAGCUUGAUAUCCAUGAUGGAGUAAUCCUAGCCAAUGUUAUUGAAGCAGUCACAAAUGAAAAAGUACAAAAUGUAAAAUGCAAUCCACGGAAUGAAAAUCACAAGCUUGAAAAUCUUGAAGCAUGUUUGGGAUGCCUGUCAGCUAAGGGAGUCAAUACGCAGGGAUUGCUUGCAAGAGGUAUGACGCAAAACCCCCACCAUUCCUCAGGUACUGCUCAUCAUCAGCAAUUGUCCAAUGGUGGGGUCUCAAACAUUCCACAUCCAAGUGCCAAAACUGCCAAAACUACCACUGCCAGUAAGAGUAAGGUAGCAACAGACAAACAAACAUUGAGUGCUUCCCAGAAGCCCACAGCCAAUGGCAAGAACUCUAUGCUUGGUCGGUUGUUUGGUGGAUCGAAUGCAAAAGAGCGAUCAACAUCAAAAGAUAGAACAACUGCUCCCGUGCAGAGAGAUCGGGGUGUCGUCAAAGAUCGGGGUACUGUGCGUGACAGAACUACAAGUAGAGAUCGUCCUCGAUAUGGGACACGUUCGUCUGAAAGCAGCACAAGUAUAGGAACAGUUUCAAGCAGUACAUCUGGACAGAGUACUUCCACAACGGGUAGUUCCCGGUCAGCUGUAAGCUCCUCUACUAUCACAUCCACAUCCACUGCGACCUCAGCAAGCUCCGAGAGUCCAAAAACUGGUUUGAAAGCGAUGCAAAGGACAUUGGGUAAAGCUUUAAACACUGCAAGAAAAGGAUCUCCAAAAACUCAGAGGAAAGAACUUGGUGUUAGAACUGAUCCUAAAAAAGUUGCUGGGAGGGCAAGUCGAAGUAGCAGUGUUGUACGUGGUGACGACAACCGUCACGAAUUGGAAGCCAAGAGUAAUGAAAUCAAUAGAAACCGAGAACGAGAAGAAGCGAGGCGAACUGGUUCAUCUGAGCCAAGUUCUAGUCCGGCGGCUACCAAGAAAACUAACAAAGCAGCAGGAUCUGCUUCGAAAGGUGGGAAGAACCUUAACGUUGCAAAAGGGAAAGUGCAAAAUACGAGUGGAAUUCCUCAGCCUAAAGCAUCAGGAAAUAAAAACGAUUCAAAAACUAAAGCCAAUAAAGAGUAUGACAAAAAUGGGAAGGAGUUACCAAAGACACCCACUCGGGGAGGUUUAUAUGGAACAUAUCCCGGACCAGCACGGCAACGAACGCUUUCCCCAAAACCUGGACAGAAUGCCAGUACUCAGGAUUCAAAAAAUGUUCAUCAAGAGAACAGGAACUCCUCACAGAGUUCAAAAAUGACAAAAAAUCAUCCGCAUAAUUCGGUUACAAAUAACGGGCCCCUUAGUUAUAUUAACAGUAUCAAGAACACAAGUGAUUUGAGUUUGAGUAAUCAUUCUUUUAGUACAGAUUCUACUGCCAGUACGCCCGGGACGAUGUCAUCGGGAAAUAGCUAUUCUUCAGAUAGUAGCGUAAUAUACCGUCCACAGAAUGAGGAGGUUAUGACCACAUACGACAAAGAUAACAAAGCUGUAACAACGUUCGGGACGCCCGAACAGCAACGGGCAGCAAGGAGCAUUUCUGAGCUUCGCCAAAAUCUAGAUGCAACUUUACAGAAUUUACGAUCAGUUAGUCCAAGUCCAAGCAUUCGUAGUACUGUAGAAACAACUUUUGAUAAUGAUAAUGUAGUAACGCAACAGAUGCAUCAUCAUCCAAGCCCAAAUUCCUCCGUAGAUACAAGCCUCAAUUCUGGAGAAGGGAUGAGGCAGCCAAUGUCAUAUUUACGUAACUUUACCCCAACAUCAAUGCUGAGUAAUUCUAUGCAAUCUCCUUUAAGAUCAUUCGGUGAAGGCGGCCCUCUAUCAACUGGAUUUGGAUCACGAGCCGGUUUAAAUCGGUUUAUUCCAACUCCAUCUUCGACUAGAAUGUAUAGCACGAAUUCGUUACGUAGGACAAUCUCAAGCAGGAGUCAUCUGACUGAAAUGAACACAGAUCCUUCGCAAAUAAUGGACGACAUCUCUGAUCCCGUGAAUGAGGACAUCGCCAGCGGAUACGUCAGUGAUGGUGACAUUCUGAGUAGAAAUGCGCAACUGGAUGAGAUAGCCAGUGGUUACAUGAGUGAAGGAGGCGGUCUGCUGUACAACAAACGAAUUCCCGCAAGAUACCGUGAUGGCAUGGCGGCAGUUAGAGAAUGUAUGUCAAAGACGCUGUCGUUGCCAGAUUCAGACAGGUAG